AUGAGCUCCUAUGACACUGACAUGAGUCGAGUAUUCGAUCUACACAACACAGUUUCAACAGGUCAUGUUUCUACACCAUCCUCACCCAAUCCCAGUUGGGAGUCCAGGUACGAAGAAUUACUCCAAUGGCGAGCGGUCAGGGGUGAUACUUGCGUUCCGAAAGCUGAAGGGGCUCUUGGACGUUGGGUAGCAAGGCAGCGUGAACUAAAGCGAACGGGAAAGCUCGAUCCAGGAAGAGAGCAUGCUCUUAAUUCCAUCAACUUUGUGUGGAACACCGUUACAGCGAUGUGGGAGGAACGAUUUCGUCGUCUUAGCGAAUGGAAACGCAUACACGGCCACUGCGCAGUUCCAAUUGCUCAAGGCGAAUUAGGGACGUGGGUUUCGAAGCAACGUCAACUUCGGAAAAGGGGAAAAUUAUCAAAGGAGAAAGUAGAUGCCUUGGAUAGUUUGAAAUUCACGUGGAGUACCGCCGAGGCAGACUGGGAGGAUAAAUUCAAGCGACUGUGUGGAUGGACUCGAGAACAUGGACAUGCAAGCGUUCCUUUCAACGAAGGCGAACUCGGCUGGUGGGUCAACACUCAGCGUCAAUGCAAGCGAAAAGGAAAGCUGAACCAGUCUCGUGAAGCCCGACUCCAGACACUAGGCUUUGUCUGGAAUCCUUCAAAUUCGCGUUCCCGAGCCGCAAAUACGACAACGAAUACUGCAGUGACGUCGUCAGCUGUUACGACACCAGUGUCAACGCCAGAAAAAAUAGAAACCACGAUAGGAUCUGAUGUGGCUACAAGCGACAUUUUGCAGCUGUUUGCCGACCAGUCGAAAGAGGAACCAGACUUCUUCCAGGACAAUAUCUCUCCGGUGUCAGCCGAACCAAUGCCUUGCACAGAGGUUACUCAAGUUUCUACUCCACCGACUACUCAAGCCGAAAGCCUACCAUCACCACAAGCAGCUCUGUUACCAUACAACAUGUGGUCGCCUGCAAUUCUCUCAUCACCGAUGUUGAACAUGCCAAACAUGCAGAUGAUGUCUUUGCCUAACCCAUUUAGUCUGCUCAUGCCAUCUGUGUCACAGUCCUUUUCGAUGGGGCAAAGUGUACAGUGCCACUCUGAAGCUCUAGAACAAAUUCUCUCUCGAGAUGACGGAUCAUGCGUAUUUGAUCAAGCCGCCAUUGAUUCAUUGACAUGCGAUGAGGAUUUGUGA